AUGAACUACUCAACUGCACCAUGCUUUUUCCAAGCCGAUCACAUACCUGUAUCUUAUGAUGCUGAUCGAACUGAAAUUAGUGUUCUACUGUUCGGAACAGCUCCGCCGAGUGAGUUCCGAUCGAUGCUCGAAUACUUGUUGUACCGAGCCGGCUGUUUUCAUUUACAACAUACAAAUUUAUGUCAAUAUAAAAUCUGCACAAAUCACUAUGAUUACCUGACAUCCCGUGAGCGUAACAACAGCUGUAGACUGUGCAAGACGGUCCGAGGAUGUCCGACAGUUAGAACAACUCAUCUUCAAGCAGUUACUAAAUCAUUAGCUUUACAAGUAUGGAAAGAAGGACGUCCGGUGUAUACGUGGGUUGUAUACGCGAAACCCGUAUGCAGUAUAUGCCGAAAAUAUUUUGACAGAGCGAAUGACACAAAUGCCAUGCGUUCUACUAGUGAGCAUUGUCCAUCUGAACCAGCGUCACAACAUAGCAAUUAUGAGCCACAAUUCGAAGAUUUGACGAACUCUCGGCAUCCAGACUAUUUUGAACUACUCAAACGAUGUCUUGUUGAAACCAGAUUUACCGGUCGAAUACAAAAAAUCUCGUCUUUCACUAAACUUACUGAGCAUAGCCUACGUAACGUUCAAACUCAAACACUGAAAAUUCUUCUCGCAAAUGAUGCUGAAGAAGUAUGGAAGGAUAUUAUCGACACCUAUCAAUCGAAUUCUCAUGAAGAUCAAAGCUAG